CUCCCUCGAUACGGAUACCAAACACAACCAACGCCCAGUACAGCGAGUUCCAAGCCCUAUGUCUACAAGGCCGCCUUGAACAAGGCCUGGACGACCCCCGCUUGGGUCUGUAUCCUGAUGAUCGCUGUGACUUCUAUCUCUCUGGUCGUUGCGGCCGGCUACAGCAUGCAGUUCCAUCACCUCGACCGUCGUCUCGCAGCCUACCCGCCCACCCCCGUAGAGCUUGACGCGCUUAAGGCAGAGUGGGACCAGGAGCGCAAACUGCAUGAGUUGGAAAAGAAUAAAUGGAGGCGGGAGAGAAUAGCCUACGACGAGAAUACGGUGAGGUGGAGGCGUGCGAUGCAGGAGUAUGCGGAGGCAAAUCGGAAGUGGGCGGAGGAGCAGGCAGGGUGGACGCGUCAGAGGGAGAGGCACAAUCAGGAGUGGAGGGAGGAGCAGGAGCGUUGGGCACGCGAGAGGGAGAGCCUAAGAGCCGCAACAAGGAGUGGAGGGAAGAGGCAGACCAGCACCGCAUGCACGAGUGGAACGUCAUGGGCUUGUCUUGGAGCCCACCGGAGAGUCACCAGUGCGUCCGCUACGGGACCCGGGAGUACACGGCGCGCCUGGUGUCUGACAUGAAGGAGGCUUGUGCGCAUAUGCCUAUCAUCGUGAAUGGCGCUAUUGUCAACACGCAGCACGAAUGUUUCACGGAGGGAGAUAUGCUCGUGAGUCGAUGGGACAUAGAGGAGCGCGAGGCCUCAUGCAAGCCGUACUGGGGUAAUUUGUACGACAAGGGGUGCAUCGGCGAGGGUUCCGGAAAGCAUCGCUUCGAGGCCCGUUUGUGGGACCUCCACGGUGGUGAAGACUGGAUGGUCAUGUGUGAAACCACUCCCACCGAUAUUCAUGGCCACCACUUCGACGGCCCGACGCACUGCGAUAAUCGAGGCGUGUUCUACGGAAUGGUCGGCAUGUGGGAUGUCGACGACUACCAGUGUCGGUAGACCGUCUCUGCACCUCGGAACGGUUUGAAGUCAAGUUUCAACGUCUUUCGAUGUGUCUCUUUGACAGGUCCUGUCAACUCUUUCCGUGACCUCGCUGUAGGUUGUACUAUAUGUAGUCUUUUGUGAUUCUGUUUUCUGUGAGUCUCU